AAGCCAGUGGUGGUCAAGCAGCGGCGCAGCGGAUUGUUUUAUUGUUGUUUUGGAGUAUUUGGUGUGUGUGUUGGUCAUUCCAAGUAAAUAAGGCCUUGAGGCGUUCAUUACAGCUUGCCAAAUAUGCCACAAAGACUUUGCCGUACUUAGUGAAAGAUAGUAUUCAUUGCACUAUCUGCACAUUGCUUGCGGCUUCAACAUGAGCGGACCUGAUGACGAGGCGCAGUGUUCAAAUACAUCUGCCAGUGAACCCGAUGACCAACAGUGCGCGAAUAAAUCACUGACAGAGCUUCUGCAGGAGUACGAAGAGAAGUUCAAGUACAGAUACACUGAGCAGGAUUCCAAAUACAUGGAGGUUGUCAACAAGCCACUGCCGCCGCCUCCCGUUGUCUAUCCUUGGUUUGUGCAGAAUAGGAGAUCAUUCGACAGAAGAGACAACCGCCAGGAGCGUUACGGUCGUGGCGGGGGCGACAGGGAUAACAGCUGGAACAGAGGAGGGAGGCAGUGGGAGGAUCGACGCAGAGGCUACCAAGACUACGGCGGCAGUUAUCGCGGGUACCGAGACCGUGAAGACCACCGGCAGGGAUCGCACGGCUACAACUCAUACCAGCAAAGGCCGAGAAGAGACUACUGAUCUCCCAACUGUGGUUGUGUAAUGAAUGUUGUUGAAAAUCUCAUACAAUAAACAUUUGCCUAAAAAGUUUC